UCAAAGUGUUGCUGCCUCUUGUCACAGAGAGAACAGUUCCCUUAAAUGCAGCUGCAGCACUUUUGUGUGAUACCUGUCAGAGCCAUUCACAGUGUGAGCUUGGGUUUCUAACCAUGAUGGCAAGAUUGGUCUUUCUCCUUUUCUGUGGAUAUAUUGCAGUAAACCUGGGAAAUGCUCAGAAAUUGCCAAGAGUGAAAAGACAGAGCCUGAAAGUUCAGAUCAACGCAACAGAUGACACCGUUUGCAUGAGGUAUCUUCGACCAAGUCAAAACACCAAACUUGAAGGUUUUGUCCUGGGUUAUGGAAGCAGCUUCUUCUCUAAUCAGUACAUUCCUUUACCUUCAGAAGGAAACACCUACAUAACUGAACUUGAUGCAGAGCCACGGUAUUUGGUUUCAGUAAGACCAGCACGUGUUUCAAAUAAAAAGAAGUCUUGCUCAGGUCGGACCAAGACUCAAAAGCCUCUGCAGCUGGUAGUUGGCACUCUCACCCCAACCUCUGUGUUCCUCUCUUGGGGCAUCCUAGUGAACCCUCAACAUGACUGGACAGCAACAAGUAACUGUGCUAGUGACAGGUUCUAUACUGUUCGCUAUAGAGAAAAGAAUAAAGACAAGAAAUGGGUUUUUCAGCUUUGCCCAGUUACAGAGACGGUAGUGGACAAUCUAAAGCCAAACACAGUUUAUGAGUUUGGAGUUAAAGACAACGUAGAGGAUAGUAUAUGGAGCAAGACUUUCAAUCAUAAGACAGUUCUGUCUAAUAAAAAAGUAAAUGGACAUCUCCAGAAUAUGUACAAGUUGGUACCUAAUACCCAAACACAGCUUACGCUACGAGAUAAUAAGAAGUUGGUCCCUGUCACAAUAAUCAAACAAGUUAUUCAAAAUAGGACACAGUCCAAAACUUCAGAUAGUUCUUCUCUGCCUGGAGCAAUAUUAGUGCACCUUAUUGUUCCGGGUCUCAAUGAAACUCAGCAGAAACUUUUUCCUCCCCUGACAAUAGAUGACAUACCUCAAGCAUCCAGGAAAAAACUGGCUAAGAAUGAAACCCACGUAUGGCCUGCUGAAUCCAAAACACCAGAAGUUCAAGAAAUCUCCCCAGAGUCCAUUCCAGCUCAGGCUGAGAGAAAGCAUGGACCUAAGGAAUUUAAAUCAACGCCUAAACCCGAAUUGCAAACUCAAAACAUACUGGCUUCUAAUGAAAUACAUCCGCUUCCUUCUGGAUCCAGAAUCUUUGAUGCUCCAAAAAGUCCGUUGACACAACUUGCUACUCAGAGUCCAACCUUGAAAUCUGUAUCUCUACCUUCAGCAGAAACCAGAGAGAUGGAGAUAGCUUUUGAUGAAACACAGCCUAUUUCUUCAAGAUUCAAAACAUCUGGUACCACAGAAGUGCAACCAACCAAGUCUGCUUCAUAUGGCUUUCUUCAUGUUACUUCUACUCCUCAAACUUUUACAGCUUCAGAAAUGCCAGACACUGCUGGAUAUACUGCUGAUUUGGAGAUAACCAUGCAUGUAGUUACCACAGAACUUCAUUUGUUAGAAACAGCAUUGGAUUUAGGUGAAACGAAGCCUCUUUCUUCAAGAUCCGUAACAUCUGGCAUGCCAGAAAUGCCACCAGUCUCAGCUGCUACUCAGAGACCAAAGGUGAAACCUCCUCCUCCUUACAUUGCAAUCCAAGGAACAGUGGAGGCAACCCAGAGAUGGGCUCCGGAAUCCACCUCGUCUGCUUCACCGGAAACCACGAGGACUGUGAUGGCUACCCGGCGACCAAGGCUGAAAUCCACCUCUCCUUCCCCCCUGGUGACCCAGCAAACAGUGACGGCUUCAAAUAACCUUCUUCAUGUUACUUCCACUUCCCAAAUACCUACAUCUGCAAAAAUGUCACAGAGAGAGACUGCUACACAGGAGCCAGGCCUGAAAUUCACAUCUUUUUACUCCAUGGAAACCAGAGAGAACGUGAUGGCUUUUGAUGAAAAGCAGCCUGUUUCUUCAAGACCUGAAACAUCUGGCAUCCAAGAAAUGCUGUCAGCUGUACCUGCUUUCACAAGAUCGGUCCUGGAGCCAACCUCGUUUCCCUCUCUGGAAACCACAAGAACAAUGAUGGCUACUCAGAGACCAAAGGUGAAACCUCCUCCUCCUUACAUUGCAAUCCAAGGAACAGUGGAGGCAACCCAGAGAUGGGCUCCGGAAUCCACCUCGUCUGCUUCACCGGAAACCACGAGGACUGUGAUGGCUACCCAGCGACCAAGGCUGAAAUCCACCUCUCCUUCCCCUCUGGCGACCCAGCAAACAGUGACGGCUUUCAAUGAUAUUCAGCCUGUUCUUUCAAGCCCUGUGACACCUAGUAAGCCUGAAAUAGCAGAUACUGAACCAGCAACAAUUGAAUCCAUUCUGGAAUCUUUUACUCCUAAAACUUAUCAUCCUUUCCAAUGGCCAAGGGUAACAUUAGCUCCAAAAGAAAUACCACUUACUCCUCCUAAACCGAAACCAUCUGCUACCCCAGAAGUACAUCGUGUGAAACCCGCCCCUAAACCACCACUUUUGGAGCCUAAAACUUCUCAGACUGAACAACCAAAAGCUACAAGAGCUCCCAAACAAGCAAAACUCAAACCUUCUACAUCUAAACCUAGACCAUCUGCCAGACCCAAAAAGCCACGAACUAAACCUGCAGCAACCAUUCCGGUGUCAGUCACUACUAGGAAACCCUACACAUAUGAACAUCCAAAGACUGCAGAGGUCUGGGAACCUAUUACACUUAGAGUUGAACCACCAAGGUCAACAGUAGCUUCAAUGGAGAUUCCACAUAUUUCUUCUAAACCUAAAACUUCACCCACUUCCUAUCCACACGCUAAAGAUGUCCUGGAGUCUAUAACACUUAGAACUGCUCGACCAAAACCAACAAUAGUUCCAAAGAAACACACCGUAUUCCCUCCAAACCUAGAACAUCACCAAGCUCAGAAGUACCACAAACCAAGCCUGUUCUGGAACCAAUUACAUUUAGAACUGAGAAACCAAAGUCAACAGCAGCUCCUAGAGAGACACGUGAUGGGCCUUCAAAACCUAAAACAUCACCCAGUCCCCGUGUUCCUCCAACCAGAACAAGUCCAAAAGAAAGUCGACGAGUCACUUUUCAAGCCCAGAACAUCACCAAGUCCAGAUGUACCACACACAAAACCUGCUCCUAAAGGACAACAACAUAUACCUUUUAAACCUAAACCAGCUCCCAUCCCAGAUGUUCCACACGGCAAGCCUGGAAUCUUUCCAUCCUUCCAUGAACCAGUUACUGCUAUGAUUCCUCAUAUUCCUGAAAGAACAAAGGCAACACCGGCUCCAAGUGAGAAACAGUUCAUUCAUACCAAACCAAAAAAAACUGAAAAACCAAGAGCACCACACACCAAACCUGCAAUACAUCAAACAACCCCCACAACCACUUAUUACAAAUCUACUACCACUGAGCAGUCAAGGGCAACAAUGGCUCCAAAAGAAACACUGCUUGUUCCUUCCAAGCCCAAAACAUCUGUUGAGCCAGAAAUACCACAGACUAAACCUGCUCCAAGGACAACACACCUGGGAUCAAUUAACCUCAUAACAGUUCAUGUUGUUGAUGGGUCCAAAAUGACUUUGGUUCCCAAUGAAACAUACCAGAUUUCACCCAAACCUAAAACAGCUCUUGUAACUGAAAUUCCACGGUUGAAUACAGCGGCGUAUAAAACACGUCUCACUUCUGCAAGACCAAAGCCAUCUGAUAAAUCACAGACCAGACAUGCUCUUAGUAAAACUACACUAGCACCAGCUAGAACAAAAUCACCUGGCUUGCCAAAGUGGAUUGUGCCAACAACAGAUGAUGUAUAUACACCUGAAGAUAUUACUAGACAAAUUGGCGUGGAUGUAGAAAAACCUUUUGAAUAUAGUGAUACUCGGGAAAAGCCGUUUUAUGUAACUACAUCACUGAGACCACAGCGUCCUCCUAUACCUCCCGUCAAGCCUACACCUAUGCGAAGAAAACCUCUGCCUCCAAAUACUGUGACUGGUAAACCAGGGAGUCCAGCUAAACCUGCUGGACCAACAACACCUGUGAGGACAGGAAUUCCAUCUAAGACACCAACAGCUUUUGCAACUCCAGAGUAUUAUGUUGAUGCAACUGUCUUCAGUUCAAGUCCUACAUCAGAAACAGAUUCUUCAGGCAAACCAAGGUACCAAGCCCCUCAUGUCAAGUACAUGAAGAAAGAUGAUGAUGUGCCUUGCUCUAUCACAAGCUCUCUUGAACAUUUUCCUCAAGAAGAGGCUAGCAUCAAGGAAGAACCUACUCGUCCUCCACAAAAUCCUCCAACCAACCUCACAGUGGUGACUGUUGAGGGCUGUCCAACUUUUGUCAUAUUGGACUGGGAAAAACCAGACAAUGACACUGUUACUGAGUAUGAAGUUGUGUCAACUGAAAAUGGAGCAAGUGAUGGUGAAAAGGAGAAGUCGAUUAUCACUACAAAUCAAACCCAUUCUACAGUGGAAAACCUAAAACCUGACACAAGUUAUGAAUUCCAUGUGAAACCUAAAAACCCGCUUGGUGAAGGUCCAAGUAGCAAUGUUGUGUCUUUCAGUACGGAAUCAGCGGACCCAAGAGUGAGUGAGCCAAUUUCAAUGGGAAAGGACGCUAUCUGGACUGAAAUCCCAUUCAAUUCUGACACCUAUUCAGAAUGCAAAGGGAAACAGUAUGUAAAGAGGACUUGGUAUAAGAAGUUUGUAGGUGUGCAGCUGUGUAACUCCUUGAGGUACAAGAUAUACCUCAGCGAUUCACUUACAGGAAAAUUUUAUAACAUAGGAGACCAGAGGGGCCAUGGAGAAGAUCACUGCCAAUUUGUAGACUCGUUCUUAGAUGGAAGGACAGGACAGCAAGAAGAUCUACCAGUCAAAGAUGGAUUUUUCAGGGCAGUUCGUCAGGAACCUGUCAAAUUUGGAAAAAUAGGCGGGGAGACUCGCAUUAACUAUGUUCGCUGGUACGAGUGUGGAACAUCAAUACCUGGGAAAUGGUAGACGUGACGUGAACCUGGUGAAAAGACCCAGCACUAACAAUCCCUCCAACUGCCCAACCCAGCUCAAAGAUGGAAAUGUAUGGUAUGCCUGUCACUUAAACAAGUUUGCUGAUGUGUAAGGUUUAUACAAGUCUAAUGCCAAUACUGCAUUAAUUGUGUAAUAGCAUAGGCUGCUUACUGUAGUUAUUCAGUUUUACAAAUUUUAGAUUUAAAAAAAAAAAAAAGAAGGCUAGGGACAUGGUGUAGGAUAAUGUGUAGGGAAGCUGGCUCCCUAUUCUUGAGGUAUGGUUUAUAUGGUAUUUUAAAAGAUACAGUGUGUAUAUUAUUUAUCACAAUGUUGUAAUAAAUGUUUAAGGCACAGUUAUGGUAAAGUUGGUCAUGGAAUGCAGUGUGUGUCAGUUUUUAAAUAUUCACUGGUCUUAUUAUAAUGUAAGUGCUAUAAGCUAUCUGUCCAGAUAAAUCUGUAAUGUUUCCCUCUUUGUAAAUUAUAGAAAAGACCCUACAAUUUUUAAUAUCCUGCAACCAGUAAACUUGAAGCGCUUUCUCCUUACAUGUACAAACAGUUUAUACUCGUGCCUAAACACUGAAGCAGGUUUAUAGUACGUGCAGCUUUAAACAAUCAGGUUAGUAUUUUUUUUCCGUAUUUUUUUCCAUAUUUGUUUUCAAAUGCAAGCUUCACCUCCAGCAAAACAGUAUGAUCAGCCUAUGACUAAGGAGUUAGAACUGUUACCCAAUAACUUGGCAGUGGUUUGCUUUACUCUAAUUAAAGCAGACAGGUACAUACAUGCACUGAAUAAUAAUAAUAAAAAAAUAAUAAUAAUUAAACUGGACUCCAUUGCCAUGGCUUUUCAUGAAAAUGUAAGUUUUCAGAGAAACUUCAUGGUUCAAAAACCGAGUGUAUGUAUAGUGCAAGGAGGGUUUAGAAAGAUAAGUGAAAUGGAAAAAAAUAAGCUAGUCAUAACAGCAUAAUCAGGUUUAUUAAAAAAAAAAAUGCUUUAAAACAUUGUUUGUUGGGGACAAACGGGAAAUAGUGAUAUCUAAACUUUUAAAAGUGCUUUACAGCAGUUAGAACCUCUCCCAAAGCUAUUGUUGUACUGCUUGAACAUUUAUGAACUAAAUAAAGAGAUGUAGUUUUUUUU